AUGACGCCCUCGCCCGGUCCCCAGAUCAACACCACAGAGGUGAGGCGGCCUCGCUCCAGUCAGACCGUCUCCUUCUCUGUCGACGAAGGCAACAAUUCCAUUCAUGGAUCCGACUCUACAAGCCUCCAGUUGGCCGUUUCCGAGUGCAUAGAAACUACAACUACAACCACCACCACGACUACCAAACGCACCUUUCCUCCCGUCUACCUGCGCGAAGUUCGUCCUCUCCACGAACUCGACUCCAAGGAGUAUCCUCUCGCCUCGAAGCCUCUACCCCCCGAACUCGCAAACUUCUCUUUCAGCGUUUCGGGCUCCUCUUCCGAUGGCACAAUCGACAAUCCUUUCGUUGCCAAAACGCAGCGCAAAGCACCGUUUGCAGCCGAAAGGCAGCCCGCAGGCCUACUCCAAGAGGACGAGUCGAGUCAAAUGUCUAGACGCACAUCCAAGUCGCCUUCGGAUGCCAACCAAAGAAGAUCUCGUCGCUCGAACCCCCGCGAAGCCUCGCCGUCCUACGACGCGUCGCCAGUCCUGCCUUCGAGACCCUCUAGGAAUCCCAGGCCGACUGGACUCUCCAUACCUGAGGAUGCCUCGCAACGCCUCCGACGUCAACUUACGAGAGGCAGACCAUCCGGCUAUUUGGCUACUCCAGACACAUCCGAAGUCGCUGGUUCAAGCUCAGACCGUGUGACGCGACCCCGAUCCCUUCACCUUCACCGCUCGAGUAAUACUCCUCCAGACUCAGGGCCGAGUCAAACAAAUCUGCAGGAAGCGGCCAGCCCCAUCGGAAGCGAUGCACUCACCGUCUUCAGCAGCAACGUCGCCACCCCUCCUAUUACCGACGCCGACCCCGAGCCAUUUGUUGAUACCGAUGAGUCGCUCCAACAGUCUCUUCGGGCCGUCGGCCACAGACCCUCAAUCGACGCCGUGGCUGCACAGGAUGCGAGCCUACCUAGUCCGAGACUUUCGCCUACCUUAGCAGCCGCUCAACUGAACUCGAGAGAAUCCGAUGACGAAGACGAAGAGUCACCCCAGAGCAGCGUUGUCGCCAGACGAAAUGUCAGCUUCCGUGAGCAGGCUUGGUUGAAUGAAUCACAGACCACCGAGGAGGGUGGCUACGUCUCCGACAUGUCCAUUGCCGUGGAUGAUGGCUCCUUCCAAGCUGACGACCUCGACGCCCAUACCGCCAUGCUUGACACUCGCAACAUGAUGGAGAGAUUCGACGCCAUGCCCAAUGAGAUGAAGAGCUUUUUGAUGUACAAUCUCCUUCGCCGAUGCCCGAGAAAAACCCUUCGUCUCGUCGCCGAUGUUGUCACCCCCGCAUUGAAGUGCGACUUUUUCAAACAACUUCCUCUCGAACUGAGCUUCCACGUGUUGUCGUUUCUCGAUCACCGAGACUUGUGCCGAGCUGCGCAGGUCUCUAAACAUUGGCGGAACAUUGUGGACACGAACGAAACUGGAUGGAAGGAGUUGUUCGAUCGCGAUGGCUUCACAUUGCCUCCCGGUGAACUUGACAAAGCCAUUAUCCAGGGCUGGGGCUGGCAAGAUCCUGUUGGAGUCACCGGGGCUGAGGUUGACUUGCGACCUCUCAGCCGACUGGACUCGGCUGACAACGAACUCACCAAAUCCGUUGUCAAGGCUGAUUCAACGAGCAGGCUUCGCAGUUCCAAGCGUAAGAGGGCCCUCAACUUAUCCAGUGCCGAUAGGUCGAAGCGGAGAGCUAGCGGCCAGGAUGUGGCCCGGCUGGAUGCGAUACAGUCUGAGGUGAAGCAACACAAGUCCGAGGGACCGCUUUCGGCGGCUAAUGCGGCCGCCGCUGCUGUGCCCAACCCCAAGACUAGCAUCCCAGGACUCCAAAAGUUGCAUCUCUUCAAAUCUCUUUACCGCCGUCACUACAUGAUCCGGCAAAGCUGGACGAGCGGCAAGGUCAAGCCUGGGCACGUCGCCUUUGCUGCCCACCCCCGCCAUGUCAUUACAUGCUUGCAGUUCGACGAAGACAAAAUCAUCACCGGUAGUGACGAUACCCUGAUCCAUGUCUACGAUACGAACACUGGAAAGCUGCGAAAGAAGCUGGAAGGCCACGAAGGCGGUGUAUGGGCCUUGCAAUAUGAAGGCAACAUGCUCGUCUCUGGGUCUACCGAUCGAUCUGUCCGGGUUUGGGAUAUAGAGAAGGGUCUUUGCACGCAGGUUUUCUAUGGACACACUAGUACCGUUCGAUGCCUGCAGAUCCUGAUGCCCACCGAGAACGGUAGGGGACACGACGGAAAGCCCAUUAUGAUGCCGCCCAAGCCGCUCAUUAUCACGGGAUCCCGUGACAGUCAGCUCCGCGUCUGGCGCCUGCCUGAGGUCGGCUCUCGCAGAUAUAUCCAGACGGGCCCUCCGGCCAACGAUGCUGACUGUCCCUACUUCAUCCGAACGCUCUCCGGGCACACACAUUCUGUUCGUGCCAUUUCUGCACACGGCGACACGCUCGUCAGUGGGAGCUACGAUAGCACCGUUCGCGUCUGGCGGAUCAGUACUGGCGAGUCUCUGCACGUUCUGCAUGGCCACUCUCAGAAGGUAUACAGUGUUGUUCUUGACCACGAACGCAACCGUUGUAUCUCUGGAUCCAUGGACUCACUGGUUAAAAUUUGGGAUCUGAACACUGGGGCAUGUCUGCACACCUUGGAAGGCCACAGCUUGCUCGUCGGAUUGCUCGAUUUGCGCGACGAAAGGCUUGUAUCGGCAGCUGCCGACAGCACCCUUCGCAUCUGGGACCCAGAGAAUGGCAAAUGUAAGAAUGUACUCACAGCCCAUACGGGCGCGAUUACAUGUUUCCAACAUGAUGGCCGGAAGGUCAUCUCUGGAAGCGAGAAGACGGUCAAGAUGUGGGAUAUUCGCACUGGCGAGUGUGUCCAAGAUCUUUUGACCGACUUGAGCGGCGUUUGGCAGGUCAAGUUCGACCAGAGGCGUUGCGUCGUCGCUGUUCAGCGAGACAGCUUGACCUAUGUCGAGAUUCUCGAUUUCGGUGCAGUCCGUGAUGGCAAACCCCUCUCCGAGCUUGGCGAACGCAAGCUCCUCAACGAGCCAGAAGUCCGCGCUCUUCUGGCCGAAGACUUAUAA